UGUAAGCGGGGUGUGGGAAAAGACACCAGCAGUAUCUUACCGACCGUCCCUGUCAUCGGAUGUAUGUGGGGAAUGCAAGAAAGCACAGAGGUCCUUGGUCGUCGGAAGCGCGAGUAAGAAAAUGGCGGACAGUGGUACGGUAAAAGGGCAGGGACAUUCAGAGAUAAGAAUUGUGAGAUCGAGGAUACGAUUUUACAAGUAGACGUCUUUCUUGGACGUCACCAAUUAAUUACGUUGAGUUUACAGUGUCUAUUAAUGAGGGCGUGUAGUGUAUAAUCAGUGUGAAAAAAAAUCUUAAUUUAAGUGAAAAUAGUAAAUACAGUAUACGACAUUUGAGUGAGUAUUAUUCAAGAAAGAAUCGAGUAGCAACAAAAGGACUGCUCAAAGCUCAAAUGCGUACUGUACACUUCCGUUGUAAUUUUAAUUGACUAUGGUAACAAGGUAGUGUUUAAAAAGAUAAAUGAAUAAAUAAUCAACAGUGUUAAUUAACUUAAUUAAAAAUGUGAAGGAAAACGUACGUAAUGAAGCCACAAAAGAAGGCUACUAUCGCGCAAAAGGCGCCAAAGUCGCCACCAAUUGCCAAAAAACGUAAAGCUAUGUCUGCAGAUCAAUCAUCAAUAAAUUUGAAAAACGAUCAGAAGACAAAAAAAGCUGAUCAACCGAAAAAAAAUAUUGAUAGUGAGAAGAAGAGAUUAGAAAAGUGUGAGAAGCAGAAUAAAUUGUUAGAGAAGAAGAAAAGUGAGGAGAAGAAAAAAGAAAAAAUUGAUAAAGUUGAUGAUAAGAAAAAAAUGAAAGAAAUUAAGCAAGUAGACAAAAAAAUUGAGGUUGUGGAUGAAAAAAAAAUGGAUAAGAUAAAUGAUAAAAUUGAAGAGCAUCCAACUGAAAUAGGUGGUAAUUUAACAACAAUUGACAAGAAGAAGAAUCACAGUAAAUUAGAUGAGAAAAUGAAAAUUGAUAAACAGUUUGUCGAUAGUAAGAAGAAGGCAGAGAAGGAAGAUAAGAAGAAAGUAGUUGGUAAAGAGGACAUCAUUGAGAAUGAACAGACCUAUGAUCUGUCAAUAAGUACAGAUGAGAAUAGAAAUAAUGAAGAAAAAAAUCACCCCCAAAAUUUAGCCACGACAAAGAAGAAGGUCAAAGAUGACAAGAAGAAAGACACCAAGGGAGUGAAAAUAUCUGAAUCUAAGGAAAAUGGAAAAAAUACACCCACCAAAGAUAAAAAAGUAGACAUAAAGAAAAUGAUAGAAAAGGAUUUUGGAAAGAAAACGAAACCGGUUACGGAUAAAAAGGUAUCAAGUUCAAAAUGUACGCAAAAAAAAUCCCCUACGAAAAAGACUGUUCUUGCUAAGAAAUCGUACGAACCAUUGACAAAGAGAAUGAUUGAAAAAAAAUUAAAACUAGUCAAAUCUAAUUGUAAAGAUGAUAAUUCUAAUGCUCUUGAUGUUGAAGAGAAAAAUUUAACUGUCAAGAAAAAACAUUCGUUUAUAUUUAAAAAUAAAAUUAGUCAAGAAAAGAAACCAAAAUUAGCGAAACAAAUGAAAGCUAAAAUUCCACAGCAAAAUGGAAAAAUAAAUAAUAUUUUAAAGAAGGAGAAAUUAAAGAAAAUAUCAGAUAAAUUGAUUAAUAAGAAGAAAAUAGAAGUGAAAGAAUCAGAUAAAAUAAUUAUUGAUACUAAAAAAAAUAUAACAGAGCUUUCAAUUAAUGUAAAUUGCAAUGUUAAUGUCAAAGAAGAGAUUGUAAAUGAAAAGGAAGAGAAUGAAAAUGUUGACGUAAAGUUACCUGACAAUAAAAAAUGUCCAAAAAAUAUAUCGAAACCUAAAGUAGCUAAAAAACCCACGACAAAAAAGUGUGCAAAGUCUUAUAAAGCACGAGAUGAAGAUGUUGAUAAUAAAAAUCCUCCUAAAAUGGAUGAAUCGUCAGAUUCUUCUAAGCAGACUAAAACUGAGGAAAUCGUAAAAACGUCACAAAAUAAUAAAAAAGAAUCGGAAAAUCCAGUAAAAGUAUCUUUUAAAGCAGAAGUGACGAAUGAGGACAGCAGUGAGGCAGCUCCAAGCAGUUCUUCAGAAUCUAGUGAAGAUGAUCUGAAUGAAAUAGAGACUCGUCAAAGUAAGCAGAGAAAGAAGAAAGACAAUGAAGAUUCUUCAAAUGAUGAAAGCACACGGAGAAUGUUAUUCGAUUUAUGGUCUGGUCCGAAACGUCACAGAGUUGCUUCACUUAAUGCUCUGGCUAAAGUACAUUGUUUGUAUGAAAAUGAAGCUGGAGGUGUUUACCUCGGUGGAUUUUGCAAGCCGAAAUCAGCAGAAAAAGAUAAGCUGAAAAAGGUCAAUAAAGAAUCUAAAGAGGAGCCUUCAACGAAACGUAAAGAAAAAGAGACUAAAGUACCAGAUUGUGGUAGCAAAGGAUCUGAGUCGGAGAACAAUUCUAAGAGAAAUUUGAGGAAUGUACCUGGUCUUCGAGGGAAACAUUGGGACAUGAUGGAGAGUUCUUCGUCUUCGUCUUCGUCGUCAGAUGAAGAGUCUGGUGAAUGCGUUGAGAAAAACGUUAAACGUGGUAGGAAAAAAAAUACAACGAGACGAAAAAAACCGGAGGAAGUGAUGAAUCUCAAAGAUAUGGUGGUUUCCAAGAGAAUGGCAAGUUUAAAUGCCUCUGCUAUAUUAGCAGCUUCUUAUUCUGAUGAAAAAAAUCGACAAAGUUCAUCCACCGAAUCGUCUAGUGACUCUGAGGUUGAAAUAAUCAAACGAAGAAAGGGUGAUUCGGAAAUGGACAAACGAAAAGCAAAGCAAGAAGAGGAGAUCAAGGCAGCAAAAAAACUGGUUAUUGUCAAUCAGGAUACUGACGUUACCAUUACUGGUGUCUAUGUUAAUCAAACUAGAUCAACCCACCACGAGGGUUUCUGUAGCAUCGCUGGAAUGCAAUAUAGAAUCAGCUCAACCAGCCACACGCAAACUGCGGCUACUGCUGUGGCUGCGGAACUUCACGAGCAGAAACCAGAGCAGCCGUGUAAAUCUUAUACACCUCUUGGCGCCUUAUCUUCGAUGCAACCACCUGGAAGUCAAAGUAAUCAUCCGAACAUGUCACCAAGAAGACAUUCAGCAUUUAGUGCUCCUCAUCAACAUGGUUAUUAUCAGCCGGCUGGUCCGCUCAUUCAACAUCCUCCUACUUUGCCUCCAAUAAAAGGUCCACCACCAGAGCCAACACCUACGCCUCCUCAAAAUUCAGAAAGUUCAGAUGACCUGGUAGCAACUUCCACAACUUCCGGCGUGAACAGCUCAGGUAAUACGUGGCGUUCGUAUCGUAAAACGGAGUCCAGAGUUGCAAGUUCAGCGAUCCCGUCCACAUCGAUUAUUCCUACAGGUGGUUUCUACAGAGCUUACUGCCCUCAAUACUAUGGUACUCCACCGCAGUAUCAGGAACUCUGUUAUCCGUCAACGUAUCCUCAUCCUCAUUCACAUCCACCGCCUUAUUACAAAUAUGCUCCGACGUACAGAAGACAGUACUAUGGUUAUCCAGAAGCUGGCGGUGGCACUGGAGCAAGUGGUGCUGGAACAGGAGCGCCAGGAGUCGUUGAAUAUCAACCACCACCUCCUCCUCCACCCCCACCACCAGGAGAAUAUGCAUUACCACCUUAUUAUAGCGGAUAUCCACCGCCACCACCUCCACCACCCCCUCCACCUAAUCCGGCAUAUCUCCAAAGCCGACCGAUUGUAGAUCUAGACGCGGCUUUCCAAGGUUGCCCGUGUCCUAUGCAAUCGUGUCCAAAAAACGUGGAUACUGGGCCCCUUAUUGGUAAUGGUAAGGGGGCGCCAGUGGCAUCAGGGCCCGGUCUGUCAUUGCCACCCAGUGCUUUGGUAGGGCCCCCCUCACCAGCGAGGGGGCUAGCCGGGUUAGCGCCACCACAUGGUGCUAAUGCCUGGGACACGGAUCGCGUCCAACUCAAUACUCAUCGGAAUCUAAGUAAAAAUCAUCAACAUGACCAAAAAUCACAUCAUCAUCAACAGUUACAGCAACAGCCGCAGCAUCAACAACAGCAGCAAGAACUUCUGUCAACACCUCAUAAUCUCACUAAUGAACACUGCAGAACACAACCGAUUGAAUGUCGAACAAAGGAGGAAAGGACUUGUAUGGAUGAUAAAUUAAACAAGUGUACUUGUCAAAAGCGAGCAUGUACAUCCACGUGUGAAGUUAAAAUGGAAACUUUGUCACCUACAGAAACUACUCUUCCAUCUCCUGCUUUGCCUACGGAAAAUCUCCAUGACUUCAAGUUGGAAAAUAAUAAUGUUAAAUGUGAAUCAUGUAGCGUUGGUAUUGGAGAAGAAAAUUGUAAUUUAAAGUGUGAAUCUGAUUUUAAGUGUGACAUUAUUAAGUGUGAGCAGUGCAUUAAAGAAGGACAAAUGGCAAUUUUAGAAAUUGAUAAAGAUUCGGGAAUUUUAUUAAUAGACGAUAAAUUGGAAACGCAAAAUAGUGUUAAAGAAGAAAUAAAUGAUGUUGUCGUUGUUAAUAAUGAAAAUUGGACAAAACCAGAUUAUGAACCUACAGUGCCGGAAACAGUGGAUGAACAGAAUAAUACAGAAACAAUAGUCAUUAAUGAGUUACCAAAGUGUCAAAAAAUAACUAAGAGAAAGUUUUCUCUUGAUAGUUUAUCACAUAAUCCUAAAAAACGAAAACUCAAUGAAAGGACAUUGUCAGUAGGUUCCACGAGGGAAUAUCAAGAUGAUAACAGAGUUUUAAAUCCAAUUAAUGGCGAAUACAUUAAUAGGAGCGAUAAGAGUGACAUUAACAAGUCUUGUUUGGCGAAGAAAAAACAAUUUAAAAAAGAAAGUCAAAAAAAGAAAAAUCAAGUUAAAAGUUUCAUUGAAAAUAACACGAAAAAGUUAAAAGGCGCGAGUAAAAAUGUCAUUAGUAAUGGUAUUAGUAAUUGUUUGAAGAAUGUUGCAACAGAUAAUUCAAUAAUGGAAACAAUUAAUAAUGUUAUUCAACAAAGUGUACAAAUGACUUGUAAAAAGGAUAAUAAGUGCAAAUCUAAAGAAAAAGUUAACAAAAAAAAACAGAAAGCAGUAAAUUUAUUAUCAAUGAUAACAAAAGUUCCAAGGACUUUAGUUAAAGCAGUGGUAGCAGAAAAAUUAGUAUCAAAAAUGGAAUCAAAGAAUAUUGAUGAGGUUACGGCGAGUACAAUUGAGUCGAAAAAUAAUAAACUUAAUGUACAAGAAAACAAGUGUAAAAAUAAAGUCAAAUCUAAACUUGCCCAGGUUAAGUCGAAAGUAUUACAAACGAAAAAUAAAGGGACGGACUCAAAGACAAAAACUUUAUUAAAGCCCAAAACAGUUGUCGACAAAUGUGAGGAUAUUAAAAAAGCGGCCUUAGUUAAAAAGAAAAGGAAAAGUACAAAGAAAACGUGCAGUAAAAAGUCAAAUGGAAAAGUAGACAGUGAUAUCGUUAUGGUCAGUGAAAAUUUCAGUCUUAGCAAAAAAUCUUUCCUCAAACCUAAGUGGAGUAAUGGAUGGAGUUGGGAAGGAGAGUCUUAUGAGGCCAAAGUUUAUUUGACGAAUGAAGAAUCUGCCAUUCGUCGAUGCUACUCAAGUAUGAAGCACAUUAGUGGUGAUGUAUUACGACCACGAGAUUGUGUAUUGCUGAAGAGUGGUCCACGAAAAGCGGAUUUACCUUUCGUAGCGAAAAUUGCUGCACUGUGGGAAAAUCCGGAUGAUGGUGAAAUGAUGUUUUCACUACUGUGGUACUACAGACCAGAACACACAGAACAAGGUCGUACAGAUUACGACACUGAAGACGAAGUGUUUGCAUCCCGACAUCGCGAUGCCAACAGUGUUGCUUGUAUCGAAGACAAAUGUUAUAUUUUAACAUUUAAUGAAUACUGUCGAUACCGUAAAAAUCUUCGAAGAAUGGAAGAGGGCUUAGAAUGCCCUGGUCUAAUAGUACCUCCAGGUGAACAAAAUUAUCCUCGUGAAAACAGACAACCACCCAUUGCAGCGCCAUCAGAAAUAGUACUUUUCUGUCGGCGAGUUUAUGAUUAUCGAGGGAAGAAACUAGUGAAAAAUCCUGGAUGACUCGAUUUGCCAUAAACCUUUAUGGAAAUCAAUGCAAUCUGUAGAAUGUUGCAGAUGACAUUGGAACAAAAGAUUGAUCUUUCUGUAAGCAUUUCCACAUCGAUAUUCUUUAAGCGAAUUGUCAUUUCUAUGAUAUAUCAAUUAAUGAUAUCAAUAUAAUUACUUCAUUAGUUGAUAUCAUUCAUGAAUGAAAUAUAUCCAAAGAAUGGAACUUCACUCUUAAUAAUGUUGGCUGAACAUAAAUUCAUUUCAAUCAAUGAAACAAUGUAAAAUGUUAAUUAAUUAUUCAAACAAAUUAAAUGAAAAUGAUUUAUUGAUAGAUGAAAUAUAAUGAAUAAAAUUGUUUCAUUGAUAAAUAGCACA